CAAUCCCCUUUCUCUCUCACACACACACACACUCUUUUCCUCAGGGAUCACUCAACUCAGGUUUCCUGCUUUUGCCUUCCACAGCUUCUAGAUGCAGUUCUUGUUCUCGUUGAGGUGCCUCUGAUUUUUUCACAGACAAACAACCGGAUUCUUUUUGUUUAUUUUUUAUUUUUGAUUCUUGACUUUUAUGUACAAGUUUGUACUUUAUGACUGAGUAUUAAUCAGUGGCAGAGGAGGGUUUUUUUUUAUCCUGAAAUAGUUACAAAAAAGAAAAGGAGGAGAAGAAGGAGAAGGAGGAAGGUUAAGGAGGUGGGUUUUAUUUUUUUAUUUUUUUAGUCUGCUGCUGAAUAAAGUCAGUAUAAAAUCAGAGAGUGAGAAAAGAGAAAACUGGAGCGUCUCAGACAUUAUAGUCUGUUAUUCAGUUUUUAUUCUCAAUUGGAGUGGAUUAUUUUGCACCAACGCUCUCACCAGCACUCCAGCAUUUGGGGGUUGAAGGAUCUUUCAGGAGGUACUGUGGAAACAAACAUGGUCCACCGGAUGAUCUAAACGGACAGACGGAGGUGGAGACAGAGGUCGAGGAGGUGACGAGGAGGAAGACGACGAUGAUGAUGAUGAAGGCUGAUGUGCAGAAGGAGAUGGAUGAGAAGAACCUGCGCCCCCGACUGUGCUACCUGACCAAAGGCGAGCGCGGUUACGGCUUCCACCUGCACGGAGAGCGCAGCAGCGGAGCGCAGUUCAUCCGCAGGAUCGAGGCGGAAUCACCAGCAGAACUGGCAGGACUUCGCUCCGGGGACCGCGUGGUGGAGGUGAACGGAGAAAACGUGGAGAAGCUCUCGCACCAGGAGGUGGUUCAGAAGAUCAUGGAGGUAGAGAACCGGACGAGGCUCUUGGUGGUGGAUCGAGGGACGGAGGAGUUCCUGCUUCUCCACUCUCUGCCCUGCGUUGAGGACCUGGCCGUGGAGAUGAGCUGCCUCCUCUCUCCUCGCACAUCCUCGUCUUCUCUCGCUUCCUCCACCCUCAGCUUCUCAACAUCGUCACGUGGCUCGGUCACUCCAUCACCACCGGCAUCCAUCAUUUUAUCACCACGAGACUUCACCACAAUCUUCUCUGACUCCAUUACUUCAUCCCCGCUGCCCAAAUCCAUCACUUCAUCACCACCGGAUUCCAUCACUCCAUUACCUUGUGACUCCAUUGUUCCUAUUGUUCCGUCGCCAUGCAAGUCUGCCACUCUAUCACCAGAUGACUUCAUCGAGCGCUCGUCACGAAACUCCGUUAAUCUAUCACUGUGUGACUCCACCACUUGUUCGUCUUCUAACUCCAUUAAUCAAUCACCACGUGCCUCUGAAAUUCAACCACCAUCCAGCCUCAUUAAUCAAUCACCUUGCGACUCUGCCACUUGUUAUUCAUCUAACUCAAUUGAUCAAUUACCGUGUGCCUCUGAAAUUCAAACACCAUCCAACCCCAUUAAUCAAUCACCACGUGACUCUGCUGUUCCAUCUCCGUCUAACAACAUCACUCAGUCCCUCUAUGACUCCAUCGCUCAGCCCACCUAUAACUCUAUUACUUCACCACCUUCCAACUCCGUGACUCAAUCCCCCUACGACUCCAUCACUCAGUCUCCAACCAGCUUCAUCACUACUCCUUUCACCAUGGAGAAAUCACAGGAGACCCACGUAGUGAAGAUCAUCAUCACUCCAGACAAAAAGGAGACUUCAGGAACUGAGGACGUCGUGGCGCGUGACCUGAGGCCACGGCUGUGCCACAUUGUGAAGGAGCAGCAGGGUUUCGGCUUUAACCUGCACUGUGAGAAGCGGCGUGUGGGGCACUACAUCCGCUCAGUCGACCCUGACUCACCCGCACAGAGAGCUGGACUACAGCCAGGAGACAGACUCAUCCAGGUGAACGGCAAAAGCGUGGAGGGUUUGAGACACACCGAGGUGGUGGAGAUCAUACGAAAAGGAGGAGGACAGACCAAGCUAUUGGUGGUGGAUCCGGAAACGGACGCUUUGUUUCAGAAACUGGACAUCACACCGACAACGGCACACCUUAACGAAGACUGUGUGGACGGUCCACUCAUUCAGAGUCCAACCUCAACCUGUCCAACCACAAAAAGCUCUGCGUCUCCUUCUAACAUCUCCAACGGUUCACAGAUCCGAGAGCCGAUCACCAGCCUCGCUCCGCCCGUUCCACCAAUCAGAAACGGCUCUCUGAAGCAGCAGACUCAGGGAAGCUCCUCCUCCAGGUCCUUUGCUUCAGAGAUAAGUUCAGAGCUGAGCAGUCCGGACACCAACAACAAGGUAUUGGACUCGGACUGUAACAGCGCCCCCUGUGGAUCGGAGGUGAAAGUGGUGAAGGGGGUGAAUGGUUCGGACCCGCUGUGUGCGAGUGGCCUGCACCUGAGCCCCACGGCAGCCGAGGCCAGACAGAAAGUCCAGUCAAAAAAGGCAAACAAGAGAGCGCCCCCUAUGGCCUGGAACAAGAAAUAUGAGAUCUUCAGCAACUUCUGAUUUCUUCAGCCAUGAAACAGAGGGCAGACGAAACCCUUUACCCCAAAGACAAGGACACGGAAUGGGAAAAUAUCACUAUUUCAGCUUUAUACAUGCAGUAACGUGUAAAAGGAGAGGAGGAGUGAAUGAAGGUACAAAGGUUGAGGAUUGAAAGUGAUGGUAAAGAAAUGUGAAUGAAAGAGUGAAUGACAAUCUGGUAGUAUGUAGGGAGAUAGGGGAAUACAGAUCUAUAAUAUAUGGCAUUGAAAACAGAGAGAGUAAAAGAGAGAGAGAGGAAAUGAGUAGGAGCGCUAUGGAAACAGUAAUGGUGGAGGAAUUCUGAGGUAAUUUCCUCUAUAAUGAAUGUUAAUGUUCAUGCAUACAGAGCGUAAAGAUGAAGCACCAGGACAGAAACAUGUCUGACUGAACUUUAUAUAUUUAUAUCCACGUUUUAAAAGUGAAACGUUUGAUCAUCUUUAUUAUAUACAAGAUCAGCGUCACGCUAAACAGAUAUUUAUACACACGGGAAGCUCUAGAAAGUUCUAGAAACCUCUCACGUGCAGUUUUAUUAAGCUGUAACUGAAGCCUCAUCUCUUCUCACUGAACCUUUAACUUUUGCUAUAUUAUUAUUAUUAUUAUUAAUAUUAUUAUUAUUAUUAUAUAAAUGAGCAAUAGUUAAUAUAUGUGUUUAAGAAUGACUAAUACUUUAACAUUUUAAAAAAUUAUGAUCUAAAUACUAAUUUAUUAUGCAUUUAUUGUGUUUAUUUGCUCGUUUUGCCAUAAAAUGCUGCAUCAUUUUUUUAUAACCAAAUCACUAUUGGAUUUUAUUGUCUUUUUUUUAAACGCAUGUCUCAGGAUUCCAGCAUGAACUCACUACCUUUUAUCAUCAAUAUUUUUAUAUACAAAUAUAUAAUUUUGAUAAGAUUUUAGACCUGAUUAAUUACAAAAUCUAUAUUAUAGAUAUAUUAUAGUUCCUACUGAGUAAUCUUGUACUAAUACAUUGAAAUUUUUUUUUUUCCAUUUAUUUUUAUUAAUUUUAUUUUUAUUUGGAAGCUGAAGCCUGUGUUGUAACAAGGCCAGAGUGAACUUAUCCUCAUAUUUUCUCUUUUUUUUUUUUUUUUUUACAUUUAUAUCUAUUUCAGAAAUAGCCGCGCUUUUUUUUUUUUUCCCCCGAAAAAAGUUUUUACGAUAAAACAAGUUUUCCAUACGACGAAAUGUAAAACAACAUUUUUAUAUAUUCACGAUAUCUACAUUUGUAUGUAUGUUAUAACUUAAUAUAA